UUCCAUAUAAAUUAACAAAAAAAAAAAAGUUUCUCCUUCCCAAGCAUCUAAUUUCCUAAAGAGGUGUUUUGAAAUAGUAGAAAACGUUUCUAAUCUUAUCAAAAAUUAAGCAAAGACGGGCUACAACUGUCAUAACGGUUAUACCAAUAUCACCAUGAAAGGCGGUGGGAGAAAGCUAUUUGUGCCCAUUGACUCAUCUGGCAGCCUAAAAAACCUGUGUUUCUCCUUCAUCCUAGGCACCCCAACAUCUCUAUAUCAUCUUCCAUCCCCCUCUUCCCUUCCCCACACUCCAGCCUCAAAGCUACUCUUGCCAUCCAGUUCUGCAGAGACCCCAAGACUCGCCCCCUUCGCCCAAACCACUUCUUCAUCAUGGGAGGCUGUGCGAGCAAACCCAAGGACAUGGACGCCCCUCCCCAGUCUCUCCCAAGCGAGGCCCCAAGCAGCCCUGACAAGACUAAUGGCGAGCCAACCCAUGUUGUACAAGAGGAGAAGAACAAUGGAGGUGAGAUUCGGGAGGAAGAGCCUUUGGUGGAUCUUUCAGAGCCAAAACCAAACCAGGAGGCACCCACCAUUGAAACAAAGGCUGUGGAGGCAGAAGUGCUUGUUUCCGAACUGGUGGAUGAUGCCACUGUCGACAAGCCAGUGGAAGAGAAGAAGGUUGAAACUGCUGAACCAGAGCACAAAGAGGAGAAUGCCAAAGCUGAGGCUGGGGCUGGUGAAGUCGCGACAGAGGCUGUAAAGAAGGAGCAGAAGGUUGAAGAAGAGCCAGUAGGAAAAACACAGGGUGGUGAAAUAAAGCAAGUAGAUGAUGCUCGUCCUCCAAGCUCAGAAGAUAAAAAUAAUGCACCCCUUGCCACCAUGUGAGGACAGUUUGAGUUGAUCUUGUUGUAUCUGAAAAGAAAAACAAAAAUGAGGAAAAGAGUUGGCUUGUGAUCUUGAGGAUUGAUUAUUGUAUGCCUUUGUACCAUUGGAACUGAUCAUCAUAUUACAAAACCUGCAUCAGUUGAGCAAUCAAUCUUAUUCAUACAACCUGAAAUCGACCUGAA